UAAUAGAGUCCUCUAGGUAGGGGUUCCGAACGUCUAACUGUUGGUUUUUCGGUAGCACGAAAAUAAACCACGAUAGUUUCAAAUAGCUUACAAGAGGGAAUUUAAGCGGCUGCGAUAACCAGUAACCAUAGAGGGUGUGUUUUUGUAUCUCCGCCUACUCCGGAAAACUUAACCGAGUCGUCGUUAUAUUUAUUUUUAAGGUGACGUGGAGUCGGACCCCUUCUUUUGCAUGUGUCAGUAAAAGUACUUGUUGUACCCGGAUAUGAACGCAAUGAAAGCAUAAACCGCUGGGACAUUACGCAGAGGCUUUCCAAGAUGUUUAGCUUUAAACCUUUACAUUGAGCUCCAGUAUCGACACAGAGAGUAGACUGUCGGGGCCUGGACAGAGGAAUCCGGCGGAUAGACAGGUUUUGUCGGAUCUGCGGCAUCGGACUGAAGUGACACAACAUCGCCUCUGCAGGGGUUAUGCAGUGCGGAGUAGGACACCUGCCAGGUGGCUGCCAGAAGACAAUGUGGCUGCACUGCACCUUGAUCCUGUGCUUGUUCUCAGGCUGGAUAGUGGGCUACAAACAGGGGGACAAUGUGACUCUCUAUGUCAACAAAGUGGGCCCUUAUCAUAACCCCCAGGAGACGUACCACUACUACACCCUGCCUGUGUGCAGCCCAGAGAAGGUACACCACAAGUCCCUGAGUCUGGGAGAAGUGUUGGAUGGUGACAGAAUGGCAGAGUCAUUAUAUCACAUUCGGUUCAGAGAGAAUGUGGAGAAAAAAACUCUUUGUCAGCUCACUCUUUCAGAGAAACAGGUGGACCAGCUUCGUGAAGCCAUUGAGGAGCUGUAUUACUUUGAAUUUGUCCUGGAUGACAUACCAAUCUGGGGGUUUGUGGGAUACAUAGAGGAGAGCGGCUUCCUGCCUCACAGUCACAAGGUGGGUUUGUGGACUCACCUAGAUUUCAAUAUUGAGUACAACGGCAACUCAGUGAUAUUCGCCAAUGUCUCAGUAAAAGACGUCAAACCUGUUCCCCUGGAGGAGGGGGCAGGUGCAGCGGUGGGUGGCGUUGGUUUGGGCGGAGGGAGCCUGACUGUCACCCACACCUACAGUGUGCGCUGGUUCGAGUCCCCUCUGCCUCACGCCCGAAGAGCUGAGCGUCUCCGAGACUACUCAUUCUUCCCCAAAACACUGGAGAUCCACUGGCUGUCCAUCAUCAACUCACUGGUGCUGGUGGUGCUGCUGCUGGGCUUCGUCAUCAUUAUCCUCAUGCGGGUCCUUAAGAAUGACUUUGCCAGGUACAAUGUGGAGGAGGAGGGUGGCUGUGAUGAUUUGGACCAGGGAGACAAUGGUUGGAAGAUUAUUCACACUGAUGUCUUCAGGUUUCCCCCUUACAAAAGCCUGCUGUGUGCCGUGCUGGGAGUGGGGGCUCAGUUCCUUACCCUCGCCACAGGGAUUAUUGUUAUGGCGUUGCUGGGAAUGUUCAACGUUCACCGCCAUGGUGCCAUCAACUCAGCAGCUAUCGUCUUGUACGCUCUGACCAGCUGUGUGUCAGGGUACGUCUCUUGCAGUUUCUACACACAGAUCAAUGGCCAGCGCUGGGUGUGGAACAUCAUCCUCACGUCGUCUCUCUUCUCUGCUCCUCUGUUCCUGACGUGGAGUGUGGUGAACUCCAUCCACUGGUGGAGCGGCUCCACUCAGGCUCUGCCGGCCACCACCGUGCUCCUCCUGCUGGGUGCCUGGGUGCUGGUGGGCUUCCCCCUCACUGUCAUUGGUGGCAUUGUGGGGAAGAACAGAGCCGGCAGCUUCCAGGCGCCAUGCCGCACUCGCAACAUCCCCCGACAGAUCCCCACGCAGCCCUGGUACAAACACACAGCAGUGCACAUGGCCAUCGGUGGCUUCCUGCCAUUCAGUGCCAUCUCAGUGGAGCUGUACUACAUCUUUGCCACUGUUUGGGGCAGAGAGCACUACACCCUCUACGGCAUUCUGCUAUGCGUCUUCGCCAUCCUCCUCUCAGUGGGCGCUUGUAUCUCCGUGGCCCUCACCUACUUCCUGCUGUCAGGAGAGGACUACCGGUGGUGGUGGCGGAGCGUGUUGAGCACAGGCUCCACAGGCCUCUUCAUUUUCGUCUACUCCGUUUUCUAUUACCGGAACCGGUCGUCCAUGAGCGGCCUGGUUCAGAGCACGGAGUUCUUCGGCUACUCUCUGCUCACGGCCCUCGUCUUCUCGCUGAUGCUGGGCAGUGUGGCGUUCUGGGCCUCACUGGCAUUCAUUCGCUACAUCUACCGUAGCCUCAAGAUGGACUAGACAUGAAAUGCGUGCACAUACACACAGCUAAAAACAAACAUUUCCUCAUAGCACACAUGGACAACCUUCAUUCUCCUCUCUUGCUCUUUCAAUCAUACACACAGAUAUACACAAGCCUUUUAUGGGGUUGGGAGGAGAAUUCAGGGCCUUUACCUUGAUUUGACAGGAGCUAAUAAUUGAACUACAGGAGCUAUCAUUGCUGGAAUAAGACUGUUGGUUAACUGGAUGGAUGGACAGAUAGAGAGCAAGUAGGGGAGGGGUUAUAUUUUCUCUGUCUGGGUGUGUGUGUGUGGGGGGGGGGGGGUAAAAUGUACUAUGAGAUACGUGAGUGAGUGGAUUUAAUCAUUGUACGAUGCAGUGUGGCAUCAUCUGCUCUGGUUCUUACUUCACGGUCUAUCGAGGCUUAGCAGGAUCUACACACUCUUUAUUUCCCACAGUACACUGGAUACCCACUGAGACAGCUGACUCAUACUGUAGUGUUGUCAAAUUAUGCAGUAGUGUUAUUACUGGCAACAAUACCCCCACCCCACCACACACAUAAAAUUGUGUCAAACUAUUCAAAUGUAAUAUUAAAAUGGUGUUUUGCACUGGUCCUGUUAAGUUCGAUGUAGCCUUGCAGUGGGUAAGAGGACUGAUGCCUUUUAGAUUGAAGAGUGCUUGCAAAGUGUUGGUGAUGGGAGCAAUAUCGUUAUUGUGUUAUGGUCACCACUGACUGUGAUUUUGGUUCUAUUGUAAAUACUGUCUUUUCAAUAAAGUGUUUUUAAUACAAUA